UGUUUUCUAGAUCGUCUUCGAGGAGCCUGCGUGCUAGGGUUUCUCCGCCUUCUUCCUUCCCUAAUUCUAGAUCUCAAAAGGUAGAAGCAGCUGAUUACAGGAACCAUGAUGUCCUUUGAAAUGAAUGACCGGAAAAAAAUCGGGUUAGGGCUGACAGGAUUUGGCGUAUUCUUCUCGUUUUUGGGAAUUGUCUUUGUCUUUGAUAAGGGAUUACUUGCCAUGGGAAAUAUUCUUUUCAUCUCGGGGGUUAGUCUAACCAUUGGCUUCAAGUCUACCAUGCAGUUCUUCAUGAAGCGUCAAAAUUAUAAGGGAACCAUAUCUUUUGGCGUCGGUUUCUUCUUUGUUAUCAUCGGGUGGCCUAUCUUGGGAAUGAUGUUGGAGACCUAUGGCUUUUUCGUACUCUUCAGUGGCUUCUGGCCAACCUUGGCAGUUUUUGCUCAGAAGAUACCCAUUCUCGGUUGGAUCAUUCAGCAACCAUAUAUUAGAUCGUUCUUUGACAAGUACCGGGGCAAGCGUGUGCCGAUCUCCGGUGAAGUAAAACACUGGAGGGAGAUGAAGUCAUCGAGAAUGAAGUUUGCAAAGAAAUUGAAAUCGAUUAGAGCCGGCGAAUAUCUGAAUCAGGAUCGGAUUCUCCAGGUUCUUUCUGCUGCAGAUGGAAUCUCUGAGUUUCUUCCAAAGAUAUCUAACCCCAUUCCUCAGAUAACAUCCGCUGGUUCUAUCUGGAAAACCCCUCAAAAGCCUCGGGAUCAACUUGCAAAUGUAACGGAACUUGUGGGAAACGAGAAAGAAGGAGGAGAAGAAGCUUCUUCUGGAAAUGUCGUUGGCGACGAAGAGAACUUCCCGCCGCCGGUGAACCAGAUUCCGAGAGUUCCGUGUGAUCGGAAAGAGAGUAAACCGGCAGUUUCUUGCGGAUCUGAUACAGGUAUCGGGAGAAAGAGUUUCGAAUCUGGAUUUAGAAGACCUGAUUUGAAUUCGACCACACUUUUCGAUCCGAAGCUUUUAGAAGCAUUUGAAUUAGCUGCGUUAUGCUUUAGGAAGAUUGACGAUUUCUCCAGAGAAGCCAGAGUCAAUGAUGAAGACGACAUCGUCUUUCCCGAUGAAGAGGAAAUCGGAAAAGACGAGAAUACCCUUCCCCCGGUGAUUGGCCUCGAAGAUGAGGAUAGACGGAAAGACGAAAAUGUCGUCGUCCUUCACAAAGAUGAUGGAAAUGUCCUUCAGAUAGCAAACGCCACCGCGGAAGAAGUCAUCGGAGAAGAAGACAAUGGAGAAGACGAAAGUGCCCUUAUCGAUCCGUUGUUGGAAUUCGAGGAACGGUGUCCUCCGGGAGGAGAGGAAUCCGUUGUUUUCUACACAACGACUCUUCGGGGAAUCAGAAAAACGUUCGACGACUGCAACAUGAUCCGAUUUCUGCUGGAUAGUUUUAAGGUUAAGUACUACGAGAGAGAUGUGUCGAUGCAUAGAGAGUAUAGAGAAGAGCUCCGACGAAUCUCAGCGGCGGAAACGGAUGUUUUGCCUCCGGUUCUGUUCAUAAAAGGAAGGUGUAUCGGUGGAGCUCAGAGAGUGUUGGGUCUCCACGAGCAAGGGAAGUUUAGAGUUCUGUUUGAGGGAGUUCCAAUCACCGGAGAUGAACGUUGCCGGCGAUGCGAUGGGUUUAGGUUUUUGAUGUGUGAUGGAUGCAGAGGUAGUCGCCGGAUUAUCUCUGGUGAUGGAUCAAGGAUUCAGUGUGUGAUAUGUAACGAGAAUGGGUUAAUUGUGUGCGUUGAUUGCUCCUCCUAAGACCAUUUUAUAUGUGUGUAUAUAUCAAAUUACACAAUUCGUUUAUUAUUUUUCUUAGUGCUGUAACAAUUUCUUCUUAUACAGAAAAUAAAUGUGGUCAUCAGUU